AACAAUGUUUUGGUCUCUUCGGUAAAUCUAACACAGUCAGAUGUUUCGCUUAAUGAUUUUCCUGUAUUCGAUCAACAAUUUUCACAAUUCGAUAAUCCCGCUCUAAUGGAUGCCUCUUCCACUUUAUUGGAUAGUAAUUUGAUAGCUGCUGAUACAUCCCAAGAAUUGGGCUUUUUACCGUCACAAAAUCUAUUUACAUUUGAGACUGCCGAAUCACCCACUACGGGUACACUGCCAUUAGUUGAGACUGAAACGACGUCCAUGAUGAAUGAUAUAAUGCCGGUGAAGCCGGAAGAGGUUGGAGGAGCAGUAGGUGGCGGCGUUGGGGAUACAAUUAUAAAACAAGAUCUCGAAGAUAUGUUACAGCGCAGUAUUAUACCAACUAACACCAAAUUAACACAGCAAAGAGUAGUAACAACUGAAGAAGGAGGAGGUGUGGGUGGAGAGGAACAGAAGUCGAACUCUACUGCGGUAACCAAUAAAAUGGAAUCACAGGAAAAGAAAAAAGAAACAGGAAAUCAAUAUAUUAAUAAUAAUUAUACCAUAAGGGGAAAGAAUGAUUAUCAAAAUACUACUAUAACCUUCAUAAAUCGCGAGGACACCAACUCCGACAUGGAAUGUGAUGACUCUGAUCUGAAUGCCCGUUUAAAGGGUUUAUCUUAUGCUUGCCAUUAUUGCUUCUGUCCCGAAACAGGACCCAUCGAACAUCUCGUCUUCCCCAAUGAAGAUGCUCUAUCACAGCAUUUUUUCGACAUACACGAUCCUAAUCGCCCAUACACUUGCCCCAAAUGUCCACAAUCCUAUAAGACUCAUUUGUUACGUGACAAUCACGUUCGCCUAAUACACAAAAUCACUGAAAUACAAACAUGUAAUUAUUGCCAGAAACGUUUGAAGGGCUCUACAGAUGUACAUCAAUAUAAUUGCCAGUAUGUGGGUGACUGGGAGUGUCAAAAUUGUAAGGAGAAAUUCCCUCAAACACCGCUCUAUCGUUUUCGUUUACAUCAGCGUCAACACGAACGCAUUAAACAAUUCAAGUGUCGUUUGUGUGAACGUACAUUUAUGAGAAAAGCCAACUUGGAGGCUCAUCAAAGGAUGCACAAGGCGGAAGUGCAGUCAACAUACUCUUGCAAUAUUUGCAAAGCUAAUUUUGUCGAUGACUAUGAGCUAAAACGUCAUAAGUAUCAACAGCACAAUGCUGAGGCCCCUCUCAAGUGUAAAUUUUGCCAUAAAGGUUUUUCUUCCAUUGUAUUUUUACAACGCCAUAUGAAUCAAUAUCAUCCAGACAAUGCAAAAAAUCACCACAAUAACAACAACAAUAAUAAUAAUAAUGCCUGCUCAUCUACUGCUUCGUCUUCAACAUCAUCAUCUGCCUUGAAUUCACCUACAGAGCUACAACAUACAUGUUUGAAUUGUAAUAUGAAUUUUAAAACUUUACAAAAAUUACAAAAUCAUUUACUAUUGGGUCGUGAUAAGAAUGGCAAUUGUUUGUAUACUGCAUGUAAUAAACAGGAGCGUCGUAAACUUCAGCGUCAGGGUGUUUAUCCUUGCUUCCAUUGUCCGCGUCGUUUUCAUUUGAGAUCACAAUUGGAUAAACAUUUGAAUACACAUGAUGCUCGUUUGCGGCCCUUUCAAUGUGAACAAUGUGUUACUCGCUGUCGUACGAGCUGUGAAUUGAAACAACAUGUAAAUGUGGCCCAUUUGAAUAUUAAAGCAUUUUCUUGCGAUAAAUGUGGUAAAUGUUUUGGCUAUAAGAAAGAUCUAAGGGAUCAUAUGCUUUUUCAUGCAGUACGCUAG